GUGACAAGUUUUUAUUUGACCUUCGCCAUGUUGCAGAUUUCUUUUACUGGCAAGAAGUACUCUUUGACAACAGACAUCAAAAGUCAUCGAACGUCAGUGAUGUAAACAAGAAUUAAAUAUUUUAAUUAUUCUUACGGGUUUGUCAUAAAUGUGCCUGAAACGAAUCCAACAGAAGUUUAUCAAAAUAAUACUGAACGUUGCAAUUUCUUAAAACAACGAAAGGAUGAAGGAUUUCACAGAAUUCCGAUAAACAAUGUUUGGAAUGAGACUUUAAUCAACAGUUUCAGUAAUGCAGUCAAAUGACGAUGAAGCCAGCGAUGACGGGCGGAGUAAAGAGCGCGAUUUACACCAUCAUGUGAAGGAGGCGAAUCAUGAUGGCUAUGGAAAUCGAGCAUGUCCAACGCAGAAAUUACCUGCCAUGACAAGAGAGGGAGUAGAUGGAAGCCUGAGAGAUAAAGGCUAUAAACAUCUGCUACAUUGUAACGAAUGUGAUCGGGGGCGUGAGAGAGAGUCACGUUCGCGAUCACGAAUUUUAGUUGUUCAUUAUGUAAGAGCUAUUCGUCGGCGACGCUCGCGCGGGGAAUCUGUUAGAGAUUACCGCGGCGCUGGGACAAGAACUGGCAUGCCGCGCAGUAGAAGCCGCUCGCCUUGUGUAGACGCACGGAGACGACAACAGCCGCGAAAGUCCCGGAGUUCUUCUGUGAGUCCAAGACGGUAUGGACGCAUGGAGAGAAAGAGCCAUUAUGCAGCUAGUAGCAGUUCAGGUGACGACUAUGACUACCGCGUAACUUCCAAGCGUAAAAGUUUGCACUCUCGCCCUCCAAGCGUUAACCGAGUUCGACAUAGUCGCAAAUAUCGAGCUGAAAGUAGACUAAGGUAACGGACCCAGUCAUGGACAGUUUAAGAUAAAAAUUUGCCUAUUUUUGAUAUUUCACUGAUACAUGUAAAAAUUCUACCGCUAAGUGUGGUAAAACAUAAUGUCCUAACCUUCUUUUACAUUUCAAGCGUAUUGCAGAAUAGAUAUUGCUAUUGGUUUCCUUAUAGUUAACAAAUUAAAACGAGGUGUUUUUUCUCCAAUAAUGGACGGCAGUUCUCCAAUAAUGGAUCCCCAUUAUGGACAGUAAAAUAAGUUUAAAAUUUUACUUUUAAAGCUAACGGAUACUCAAUGAGUAAAUUUUAUAUACACCAAAUAAAAUUAGUUUGCGUUAGUUUAACAUAGGAUUGUUUCUUGUAAAUGUUGGUUUCGUAAAUUGUUCCUUAUCCAUCAUAGGAGGUACGCAGU